UCACCCUCCCAUCGUAAAUCCCACAAAUCUGAACCUAAUCCGAGUGACAGUGGUCACUUCAAUACUUUCAUAUCUCACGAGGUUAUUGCCAACUGAGAUUUCAAUCUUAAGCAAUGAUAUGUAAAAUAAAUGUACAAUAUAACUACAAGCGUUGGAUGCAGUCACAAUAAAUGUGAGAUAUAUGACAGUCGUAUAGAACAUAUAAUAUAUAAGCGCAGAUAUAACGCAGAGCAGACAUGCAUUCUGAAAAUAAUAGAUGGGUGACAGCAGAGACAGAAAAUAAAGAUAAAUAUUAUAUUUAUACAAAACAGUUAAUAUGCCAGAGAUAGUAGACAUAACAUCGAAGAAAUGUACAGUAUUUAGAAAGAAGAGAUGGGAUAAAAGUGCAUUCGGAGCUGAAAUUUAAAAAAAAAAUCGCACGUGGGUGCAGCAUUCACACGGCGUGCACCGCACGGUCGAUUUGGCUGUAACAAGGCAGGCAACUUAAUUCUUUGACGCACAUCACUGCACUGAGUCAACGCACGCAGAGAUACAAAAUCACUGCGUUUGCUCAGUGACAUAUAGGUGCGCGCGCGUGUGUGUGUCCGGCGCUUUGAGCCUUUUUUACGCAGUUUUUAGAAUGAGCGUGAAGAGCUUGUUGCGAUUAUUCGGGACUCGUCGAUCCCCGCCCAUCAUGGACGGCCCCUUGCUGUUUCAGAGGGCCUCGUGGAGGAGGGGUGGGGGUACCGUGGGGCCAGAGGUCACUCGGGUAGCGAUGUCUGGUGGUGGUGGUGGUGGCGACGAGAGUCCGCUCCUCGGAGCCUCUGACAACUGCGACGUCACCAGCGACGUCAAUGAUGUCCAGGCCUUGUUGGAGGAGACGGAGAGGAGGCGAUGGCGCUCAAUCCGGGUCAUGUAUCUCACCAUGUUCCUGAGCAGUGUUUUUCUAUAGUCAUGUCCUCAAUCUGGCCAUUCCUUCAGAAGGUGGACCCCUCCAGCAGCCCCACAUUCCUGGGUUGGGUGCUGGCAUCAUACAGCCUUGCCCAGCUGUUUGCCUGCCCUGCCCUGGGGGCAUGGGCCAACGCCAGGGGCAGCUCCAUGCCCCUUCUCACCUCCAUGCUGCUGGGCACUGCCGGUCAUGUCAUGUACAUGUAUGCCCACGCCGUGCACUCGAGGGGACGCUUCCUUGUGCUGGCAGCACGCAUUUUCCUCGGUCUGGGAGCUGGUAAUGUGGCUGUGGUGCGUGCAUUUGCGUCGGCGGCCACCAAUAUGGAUGAGCGCACGCCUGUUAUGGCCAACCUUAGUGCCUGCCAGGCACUGGGGUUCAUACUCGGCCCAGUGCUGCAGACGGUGCUGACGUGGGUGGGCGAGGAGGGGGUAUCGUGGCCCCCACUUGCCCUGCAGCUCAACAUGUAUACGGCGCCUGCGCUGCUUGGAGCCGCCCUCACCCUCGCCAACGCCAUCCUCGUCACCUGCGCUUUCUGGGAACAAAAAUUGAAAACAGACAACAGCUCCGCUGAUACGGAUACGCGGAUGAGCUUAAACCUGUUAGCCGUGAUCACUUCCAACAUUCUCUUUUUUGUCACUCUCUUCAUUUUCACGGUAUUUGAGACAAUUGCUACACCCCUCAGCAUGCACAUGUUUGCAUGGUCCCGUGCUCAGGCCGUGCUUUACGAUGGUCUCCUCCUGGCUGGCCUGGGCCUGCAGGCCAUCGGGGUCUUCAUGGCUGCUAAGCCCCUCACCCCACGGCUAGGCGAGCGGUUGUUGUUGGUGGUUGGGUUGGUGCUCGUUCUCGCCGGAUAUUUUGUGCUGCUUCCCUGGGGUCAUCAACUUCCUCCCCUCGCCUGGCAGACCAUUGAUAACAUCACAGAGUCACCUUCUUCAACAACAGCCUCCCUGACCGGUCUAUCCACUAUCGCCCCAAGAGAAGGCGGCCCUGCUCUUGAGCAGUUCAUUCAGAUGUUGAGAUCAGAUGAUGGAAGUGGUCAGGGCUGUCCCUUCAUCUCCCAGCCCUGGUGCCUGCACGUCCCCGUCAUCAGAUUGGCUCAGUUCAUCUGUGGCCUUGUGCUGAUUGGGGCCGGGUACCCAUUGUGCACCCUCACCACCUACUCACUCUACUCCAAGAUUCUCGGAGACAGACCACAGGGUGUAUUCAUGGGCUGGCUGACCGCAAGCGGGAGUUUGGCACGUGUGCUCGGCCCCAUGUUCGUGGCCCAGGCCUACGUGAGAGCAGGGCCCCGCAUUGCCUUUGGCUCUGUGGCGGCUGUUGUGGCAGCGGCGCUGGGCCUCCUCCUCGCCACGUACCCCCACCUCCGGCCGUUGACGCCAGCGGUCAUAAGCCCGGAGCACAACGAGCCACCCAGCCACUCUCCAGACUCAUCAAUAAUGGCUGACCCUUCUGACUGUGAUCAGAGGCUGCCUCUUUUAGAUUAAACAUCAGCUGCUUCAGCCCGCCUAUAAGAUGCAACCCAGUCCCAGAGAAGUAGGCAUUUUCCCACACCGAGAUACAUUUUAAGCUUUGCCAACGAGUUAACAGAUUUGAAAAUCAUGUCAGGAACAUCACUAUUGCACUCUGUUGAUGUCACUGUGACAUAUCACCGAAAUGUAUUUUUCGUUCUCAUUAAGUUUCAAACAUAUGUUGGGCAGCAGGAAACAGCUUACGUGCAUAUCUACAAGAGUUAGUGUGUAGCAUCCUUAUUUACAAAGCUAUCUAUUCUGAUUACAGCCAAAAGUCCUCUGGCUGAGCAUAAACGUCAACCCUUAGACUGUAAACAAUAUCCACCCAUUAUGAGGUCUUCUGACCAAUCACUCUUUUAACACGAAACCGCUUCCCUCUCAAAGACUGGCACAGACGAGGAAGAAAUAGACACUGUAGUUUAUUUGACCAUUUCAAUCAAAAUAUUGCGAAUUAAUUUGGUACGUGUACAUAUUAAUUUCAUUUGUGAUAUUUACAUUUCUAUUUAAAUAAUGUAUUUUUUAAAUUUGUUUAUAAUGGUGAACAAAAAUGCAAUGUAUAAAAUUUGUAAUGAUAAAUGUAAAAUUAACGGUUCUGUAAAUGUUUCAAUUGUGUAGUGCGAAAACGGUAGUUCUGUGUACAGUUUUGCAUUUUUUUGUCCAUGGAACAAAAUGAGUUGUUAAAUUAAAAGCAAAUAUAAACAUGA